ACGUUCUGAGAUGACCUCAGUUUCAGGAAAGGAGAAAAGUUUUCAAAUAAUUAACAGCACUGAGGGUGAUUGGUGGGACGCCCGCUCUCUUACCACAGGGGGAACCGGCUACAUUCCCAGUAAUUACGUCGCUCCUGUGGACUCGAUCCAGGCUGAGGACUGGUAUUUUGGUAAGCUGGGCCGUAAGGAUGCGGAGAGGCAACUUCUCUCUACAGGAAGCCCACGUGGCACCUACCUGAUCCGAGAAAGUGAAACUACUAAAGGUGCCUUCUCUUUGUCCAUUCGUGACUGGGAUGAUGUAAAAGGCGACCAUGUGAAGCACUAUAAAAUCCGUAAACUUGACAGUGGAGGGUAUUACAUCACCACUAGAGCUCAGUUCGAGACCCUUCAACAGCUGGUCCAGCAUUACUCGGAGAGGGCAGCAGGGCUUUGCUGUCGCUUGGUGGUCCCUUGCCACAAAGGGAUGCCAAGGCUUACCGACCUGUCUGUCAAAACCAAAGACGUGUGGGAGAUCCCACGGGAGUCACUGCAGCUUAUAAAGCGCUUGGGCAACGGCCAGUUUGGGGAGGUUUGGAUGGGUACUUGGAACGGCAACACUAAAGUGGCUGUGAAGACCCUGAAGCCCGGCACCAUGUCUCCAGAGUCCUUCCUAGAGGAAGCGCAGAUCAUGAAGAAACUGCGACAUGAUAAACUAGUGCAACUAUAUGCUGUCGUUUCUGAGGAGCCUAUCUAUAUCGUCACUGAGUACAUGGGAAAAGGUAGCCUCCUAGAUUUCCUGAAGGAUGGGGAGGGACGGGGGCUCAAGCUGCCCAAUUUAGUUGACAUGACUGCCCAGGUGGCUGCAGGCAUGGCCUACAUCGAGAGAAUGAACUAUAUUCACAGAGAUUUGCGCUCUGCUAACAUUCUGGUGGGUGAUAACCUGGUGUGUAAAAUCGCUGACUUUGGCCUGGCCAGACUUAUUGAAGACAAUGAGUACACUGCCCGACAAGGAGCCAAAUUCCCGAUUAAAUGGACCGCUCCUGAGGCGGCUCUGUAUGGAAAGUUCACCAUUAAAUCAGAUGUUUGGUCUUUUGGAAUACUGCUUACAGAACUAGUUACUAAAGGCAGAGUUCCAUAUCCAGGUAUGAAUAACAGGGAAGUACUAGAACAAGUGGAGCGUGGCUACCGGAUGCCAUGUCCUCAGGACUGUCCGAUUUCUCUACAUGAGCUGAUGCUUCAGUGCUGGAAGAAAGAUGCAGAGGAGCGGCCCACUUUCGAGUAUUUGCAGGGCUUCCUUGAGGAUUACUUCACCGCGACUGAACCUCAGUAUCAGCCUGGAGACAACCUCUAAACCCAGCACCCCGGGCCCACCCUGAUAUCAACCUCCCUGAGGCAUCAUAUAGGCCUCCCCGCUGCCCUCCUGUCUGGAGGCAUGUACCGCUUCAUAGGUUCACCUAGACUCCUGUUAUUCCCUGUGUCCUCAUUCCCUAAUCGAAAAAGAGGAGACUGUACCGCUUUACUUUUCAACUUGAGGAGUGGAUAGACAUGCAAGCUGAGGUUCGCAGCAGAGGGAAUUGUGGGGAAUGUUGGGGAAAGAGGGCGUGGGAAGGCUUUCGUUCAUGGCUGUGACCAUAACCUUUGUAAUGAUAAAAAUUGCCUGUAUUCAUUGUAAAUACAAAAUGCCUGUUUAUGUUAUUAUUUUUGGGUUCUUUUUCAAUCAUGUUUCUUUUUUUCUUUGUUGUCCUCCCUUGCCCUUUUGUUUUCCUUUGCAAAGUAGUAAUUAUGCUUACAUUGUGUGGAAGUCUAUGAAGGGUUUUGAUACUUGCCAAAGCAUAAAACUUUGUUUCAGGUCUUAAAAUUUGGUUUCUGUGAAUGUAUGAAGUUAAUUUGCUCUUUCCUCUUCUGGUGAAAUCCUGUAGAUAAAGGAACGACAGUUCAAGACGUCUUUAGCAUUUUAGUCUUGAGGCUUAGCCUGCAAGACAAAUGUAUUUAUUUUUCUUGUAUUUAUUUUGUUUCUUUUUUACAGUGCUUCAAAUGCUGAGCUGACAUUUUGUUAAUCUGUGAAAUCUGUCCUCUCCAUAAUAUCUUGACCUAACAUAGAACAAAAGUUAUUUUACACAUAAUGUAUGUUACAGUUUUGUAUGUGGCCAAAUGUUAAAGACUUAUUUUAGCAUAUCCCCUCUCUCUUGAUGAGUUGCUUAGCUACCAGGUGUUUAUCAGUAUUAAACCCAAUGAUUAUGUAUGUUUUUUUAUUUUCUGGUUCCCCAUCCUUUAGGUUGUGUCUGAAACCUGCAGAAUUUUGCCUUGUCCAGAGGUAGAAAGACAUCAGGACACGUCUGAAUCUGCUGGUUGCAUAACAUUUGAUCGACUAACGUGCCUUUAUCUGGUUAAUAUUUAAAAGCAGGAUGGAUAUACUCUUUCCUGUCUAUGUUGGUGGUUUUGCUUCAAAAUCAAUAAUGUUGAAGUAGCCUAGCUUUUUUUUUUGUAUCAAAAUUGUAUAUUAUCUAGUUAUUUGGUCUAUUUUCUAAAUUACUUUCUAAACGUUUGUAAUUAAAAGGGAUAUUUAACCCCAAAAUGAAAAAGAAGAUGUUUUGAAGAAUGUUGGUAACCGACGUUACCCCUUCACUUCUAAAAAGCAGUGCAAGUCAGUGGGUACCGCCAUUGUUUGGUUACCAACAUUAUUUUAAAAAUAUCUUCUUUUGUGUUCUGCAAAAGAAAGAAAGUCAUACAGAUUUGAAAUGAUUUAAGGGUAACGACAGAAUUUUCCCUUACCCUAGUCCUUAAGGGGCAUGUCACUCAAGCUGUCCAUGUUGGCGAAUUGCUGGCAUAAUAUAGAAUCUGAACAUAAGACAUAAAAAAUUAUCCUAAAAAUGGAUAAGCCUAUUUAUCGUGCAAGUCGGGAGGGUUUAAUGUGAAGCGGAGUGCCUGCUACCCCGUAAGCCAUGACUUGAAAGCACUGAAAUGCAGUACUAGUCUAAAGUACCUUAAUUCUUUUAUAAACCACACCAUGCAAAUAGCCAAAAAUAUAUGCAUCAAUGCAACUUGCAUGAGGUAACAUCACAAAAAGCAUUCCUUCAUCUUGAAUAAAAGUCCCUGAUAAUAGUUGUUCACAUUAUACAGAAUCAUUGGACGCAGCAUUCAUAGCUGUGUUUUAUCAUGAAGCUAUUGACCAAUCAGAAUCAAGGACUGAAAUGAGCUGUUCUAUAAAAAUCUUUCAAUUGAUCAAUUAAGUCAUUAUCUAAACUCGCUUUUUAAUGUAUGAUUCUAUUUUGUUUGUACUGAGAAAUCUGCAUUGUAGUUAUGACAUAUUCGCUUGGUUGUCUUAAAAAAAUGCUUAAAUUUGACACAUUGACUGAAUAGCUAGACAGAAAAUGAGCAGGCAGCUCUUUUGGUUUCGGACACAGCCUCAUGUGACAGACAGUCAAAUAGCUAUUCCAGUGUCACAAACCUUCCGCUUGCCUUAUGUGAAGGAGGGAGAAUCCGUUUUUGUUCAACCUGGUUACCAGGACAACCAGUCCUUGCUCAUUUCACUAUUCGUGCCAUUUUUUCUGUUCCCCAUACAAUAUACUUUUAGUCUUCAGAUUGCAUUGUCAUAAUGUGUUUAAUUGAAUCUAACAUAGAUCUAUGAUUACGUGUUUGGGUUAAGAUAAGGGCAUUUUAUCACUGGUAUUGUUUUUCCUCGUUGCAUUGUCCCUAAAAGUAUAUAUUGAGUUAUGCAUUUGGUACUUUUAAGUGUAGGCUUCCACAUAAAAAUGUACUUUUGCCUUUUUUAACAUGUCAUUUUGUUUACUCGUUUACCAUUUGGAAAUAAACAGCACAUAAUAUUUUAAA